AUGUCAUUCACGAUUAGAAAACUUAAAAGAGAAGACUUAACAGAAGAAUACUUCUCUCUUCUGUCCAUACUCACUGAAGCACCAUUCCCAGGGAAGGAGCAGGUUGAUAAGAUGUAUGAACACAUGCAGGCACAUGAAGGGACAUACAAUGUGUUUGUUGUCUGCUCUCCUGAGGGAAAAUUAGUAGGGUCCGGUACUCUGCUUAUAGAGAAGAAGUUCAUACGAUCACUGGGGAGUGUAGGACAUAUAGAAGACAUAGUUAUUUCCAAUGAGUGCCAGGGGAUGGGACUCGGCCGUAAACUGAUAACAUUCCUUUCUGAGAAAGCUAAAACCAGUAACUGUUAUAAAGUGAUACUUGCAUGCAGUGAAGAGAAUCAGAAAUUCUAUGAGAAGUGCGGAUUUGUUAAGAAAGAAGUUAUGAUGGCUUUGUACAACAGCUAA